GAUGACGCAAUUUCUCUCGAGCUCACCCUCCUUUAUUUUUUACUUCAGGGAAGAAGAAACCGCUAUGCAAACUGAACAAGGGGAAAGUCGAGCACUGGGACGCGGCGUCUUUACAAAUCCGGAGGACGGCAGUUUGAGUAUGCCACGCGAAUAACUGCUCUCUAACUGGGUCGCGGCUGACACGUUCUCGCGCGGACAUGGAGACGCAGCCGCGAGCGUUGUGCUCGCAGCUCACUUCCCAACACGGGCUCUGCGACGUUACCCUGACCGGCGCUUUUCUCUCGUGGAAGGAGGCAGAGACCUGCAGAAGACGAGCCGCGGGCCACGCUUACGACCCCCGGAAGGCUGGUGCGUUUAAAAAAGCAGGCGGCCGAUGCGUGCCCCUGUGCGAGAUCGUAGCCGUCCAGGAGACGGAGGGGGAGGACCCCGGCGCAGACACGGGGGAACGGCGGAGUGCUCCUCGGAGCCCAGCUGAAUGUAACCAGCAUGCCUUCACAGUGUCCUACGUGGAGAGGGGCAGGAAGCACCGCUGGCAGUGCAGUGAAGUCACCUUCCGUUGCACAGAGAGCAGACUGUGUCUGCAGUGGCUCCAAGCCAUCAAGGAGCAGCUCGCACUCCUGACUACUCGCCCCAAGCGCUUGCUGGUCUACAUAAAUCCCUAUGGAGGAAAACAGCGCGGGAAAAGGAUUUAUGAGCAGAAAGUGGCUCCAAUCUUCUGCCGCGCCUCCAUUUCCACCGACGUGAUCGUGACUGAGCGCGCAAAUCACGCCAGGGACCACUUGAAGACGGAGGCCGACCUACAGAAGUAUGAUGGGAUUGUCUGCGUCGGAGGAGACGGCAUGUUCAGUGAGGUCAUGCACGGCCUGAUCUCCCGGACGCAGCGCGACACCGGCGCGGACCAGAACUGCUCUGGCGAGACUCUAGUGGAGUGCAGCUUGCGUGUCGGGAUCAUUCCUGCAGGUUCUACCGACUGCGUAUGCUAUGCUACGGUAGGCUCCAAUGACCCCGUGACCUCCGCUCUGCAUAUCGUUGUGGGUGAUUCCCAGCCGAUGGAUGUCUGCUCCAUUCGCGCCGAUGACACCUUCCUCCGCUAUUCCGUCUCGCUGCUUGGGUAUGGUUUCUAUGGCGACAUGCUGACGGACAGCGAGAGGAAGCGCUGGAUGGGACCGGCUCGCUAUGACCUCUCCGGUGUUAAAACGUUUCUGUCGCAUCGCUACUAUGAGGGGACCGUCUCCUUUCUUCUUGCUGACAGCAACGUCGGAACUCCCAGAGACAAACUGCAGUGCCGAUCUGGGUGUAAUAUCUGCCAGCAGCCCUCGGCGGACAAGAGGCUGUGCGGGAAGGAGGACCGCGCCUUGGAUGGCGAGGCAAAAGGGGCGUGGCAGGUGAUCCGGGGCAAGUUCCUGGCCAUCAACGCGGCGUGCAUGAGCUGUGCGUGCCCCCGCAGUCCCAAAGGCCUGUCGCCCUCCGCCCACCUGGCCAACGGCACCGUCGACCUCAUCCUGGUGCACAAGUGCUCGCGCCUGGACUUCUUCCGCCACCUGCUGCGCCACACCAACAAGGACGACCAGUUCGACCACCCCUUUGUGGAGGUGUACCGAGUGCGGCAGUUCCGCUUCACACCCCGGUGCCAGGAGACGGCGUCGGAGCUGGAGCUGGAGCUGAGGGAAGGCGACGGCGUCGGGCGCGCUCGCUUCUUCAGCCAGAUUUGCAGGAAACACCCAGCAUGUGGCUGCAUGCCCACCCACAGCUGCUGGAACUGCGACGGCGAGAUCCUGCCACACGCCGGCAUUGAAGUCAGAGUGCACUGCCAGUUGAUCAAGCUGUUUGCAAGAGGAAUCGAAGAGCAGACAGUCUUUGACGACCCGUACACACUUUGUGCAAUAUAGAUUCCCCUGUCAAUCGCUAAAAGAAAGGGGGAGGGCCCACACUCUUACAGGACCAUGAUGUCACAUAUGGGAGUUUGGAUUAAGUAGAUAAUGUACCACAUGCUGUUAGAUCUGUCUACAGUCUUCAUACAGCGAAUCCUUUACUUAAUGAAAUACAUUUCCAUUACUAGUAACUAGCUUUCACUGGCAGCUCCGUUUUACAGUCGCCGAGGCACGAAUGUGUCGACUCUGGAUCAUGCUUCCACCCAAUUUUGACUUUGCUGUUUUGGUUAGGUAUCAGUGUUGUUGUACUUAAGAGUUUUCUUAAGCGAUUUCUCAUCUACAGGGGUGACCAGGUUGUUGGUGACUUUUUUUUUUUUUUUUCUCCUCUUGCUUUGUCCAACAUCUUCCAGAAAGGCCAUUGACAUUCGAGACUCUCUCACUUUGUCUUCCUCCAAAGUCAAGCUGGUCUUGAUGCCUUUGAUGGUAGCAUUCAUUUUAUUCCAUAUUUUGAAAAUGACUCUGAAGUUCUAAUUAGGAUUUUUUUUGUGGUUGCUUUUCUUGAAAUGAAGGACACGAGUACCCAAUCAUAGCAUUAUUAUACUCGACAUUUAGUUAUGAUAUUUUUGGCUGAAUUUAUGUUUUGGCUUUCAUAAGCAUGAAGUGUUGAGCUGCAGUCUCACUGGCACAGUGUAGCCUAUAAAGAUCUAUAACUAUUCUUUAAUGGUCAGUAUAGCCUGUAACUUGAAAUCCCAUUCACAUUAUGCCCUGGAACUUCAUUACUUAUGAACUCCAGUUCCACUCCAAAUAUCAGCUGACUUGCCAUGUCCUCAUCGUGGUUGGCAUAGUUGUUGGGCCCUUAAUCAUCUGCAGUGUUCUGGGCUAAACCACAAGGGUGGAGUGUCCCUGUACAAGCCGCCGUGACCCAGCAGAGCGCCAGUGUCUUUGGAGCUGUCUGAGGAGACCUUAACUGAAUGUAGAAGAAAAAACGUCCUCGACGUGGUCCUGCUGUGCGCCAACCGUUCAGGAGCUGCGCUUUUGUAUUUCUUGUGUGAGGGUCGUCUUCCUCUCUCAUUGUACACCUGGUAUGAUGAAGCAGCCUCGGGCCCUCUUGUUCUCGCCGCUUCAGCUGAAGGUUUAAUGUGUGUGAUCGGAGGCUGUGGUGUUCCUUCAGUGCCAGGGGACUUUCAAGCAGGCCAUGACUUAGUGAAAUUCCCCUCCUGUCUAAAGUGCAUCUGCUGCUGUUUGUGGCUUUCCGAGAAUCCGAGGCAGAGCUGCGACCGUAUUGGCAGCCUCCUCUGAGGCACACCCUCAGUCUCUUGAGGAAGAGCUUCGAAAUCAUCCUCCUCCUCAUCCCCAACCCCACCCCUCAUGCAUUUCAAGUGAGGAGGUGCUGCUGUGCUGUAUGAUGACACUGGCAGUCAAUGAUGGUCCAUGAAUUGCCCAAAGGGUGUUUGUCUGUGUGGAAUUACCUUCAUCUCAACCCCACGAACAGCAGCCAUCUGACAGCCGCUGUGUUUGGCACCUCCGGUUCAGGGCCAGUCAAACACUUACAUGGCCAUAUGCAUCAUCCGCUGUGACAACAGUCCACACGCUCCAGUGCUACAGACGCCUGCGGCACCAUGCGGUCCUGCCCCCGGCCCAGCCCCGCUCUGUCCACACCUGAGGCGGAAUUCAAAUUCCUCCUCAGCCCCCUCGUAAAUAUCACUGCCGCCGCCUCUUCACUGCCCCACAGCUGGUAGCAGCUACGUGCAGACAGCAACUGCAGGCAGGCAGGCAAGAUAACCCUCCCCCAGAUAUGCUGUUUAGAUCAAUUUAGCUGGCAGUUGUUAUUGAGAACAGUGCAUUCAUCUUGCAGGCUUCAAGAUGAUAUGGAAUGAUGUAUGACCUGAGAUGUUACAAAGUUGAUGUGUACUGGUUCAAAAAAUUUUUUUUAUUUUAAGUCCUAAAUAAAGUUUAAGAAACAAUGA